CACAGAGGGGGAAACGCGCGCAGAAGGAGAUCUUAGCGCGCGAGAGACUCGAACAGACAGAAACGAACAGACAGAAACGAGCUAAGGAGAACUUUGCAUUGAACAUGCUGAUGACUACCAGAAAACGAAAACUCUCCUCUGUGGAGGCUGAUAGUCAUCCGUCCAAGAAGACGGCGAGGGAGGAGAUGUCACCGGUGAAGAGGAGAUCUCCGAGGAAGCUGCAACAGUCCCCAGUGAAGAACUGUGGUUCUCCCGUGAAAUCCCCUCGUCGACCAGCCACACCACCCCGUAAAUCUCCACUGAAACUCUCCGUGGUUACAAGCUCGUUCUACAGCAAGCAGAAUUCGAACUACCUCACUCCGCUGGAGAGGAAGGCGAUGAAGGAGUCUCUGCCCUUGCCUCUGCCCCCUCCCCCCUCUGUCUCCCCCACCUUGGCCAAAAAGCCAGAGACAAAGAAGAAAGCUAAAGGAGGCAGUAAACCCAGAAAGGCGGCUGCAGGUUUGAAUAAAGGACAGAAGAUGGGUCAAAAAAUCAACUUAACAGCCACGAGAACGAUCAAGCUGAACAAGCUCAACAGCGGUGCCGCCGUGAAGCCGACCCCCUCUUCCUCCAGCGCUGCGCCUGCCAGCAGCAAACCCGCCGAGCCCAAGAAGCCCGUCGCCUUCACUUUCAGCAGCGCGAGGCCCAAACCCAAGGUGUUUGUCGGCGCUGCGUUUUUCAGCACAGGGAAGAAGCCUUCGUCCAUGUACAAGAAAUCUGCACCGCGGUCGGCUUCUGCCACCGCCAACAGAAAAGCUGUGGCGCCACCAACGAAGAAGAAGGAGCAGCAGCAGGUCGCACAGACCGCAGCGCCUCAGAAGAAGGAAGACAAACCAAACACAAAGCAGCGAGUGAAGUUUGGCCCGACCGACUGGAUGGACUCCGUCAACGAGAAGCCCAAACCUCUGCUGCCACUGUGCUCUCCUGAAAGGUGGGCAGAGAAGUAUGGGAUUACCCACAGUCUGAAGGUCGUCUUGACCAGGUCUCCGGCAUCCAGCUUUGCUUCUCCAGCUUCGACCUCCAGUACUCAGGAUGAUAUUAGUGCCUCAGAUCCCGUCUUUGACCUGAGUGAGAUCAGUCCCAUCAGCACCACUUCCAGCCCUGCUAAAGUUCCAGAGUCCACGGCGGUGUAUCCCAUAUUCGGUUCUGCUUCUAAGAGGCCAAAGAAAGCAGCUCCUCUGACCUGCAGUACUCCAGCUGGCCCAGGGCCCAUACUGCAGACCCCAUCUGCUGCUGGGAAAGACCGAAGUGUCCGCAGGAAGAAGGAAAAGCUGGACGAUGACCAGCUGAUCAUUGAUGCCGGCCAGAAGCAGUUCGGAGCAACGGUGUGCCACUCAUGUGGGAUGGUGUACAGCGCAGACAACCCGGAGGACAACUUCCAGCACACCCAGUUCCACCGGCGCUUCCUGGACUCCAUCAAAUAUGUGGGCUGGAAGAAGGAGCGCGUGGUGGCCGAGUUCUGGGACGGGAAAAUUCUCCUGGUCAUGCCAGAUGAUCCCAAAUACGCCGUCAAAAAGGCUGAGGAUGUGCGGCGCGUCGCAGACAGCGAGCUGGGCUUCCAGCAGGUGACGCUGAGCCGACCGACGCAGGCUAAAACCUACCUGUUCAUCAGCACCGAGCGAAUGGUGGUGGGAUGUCUGGUGGCUGAGCCCAUACGACAGGCAUACCGAGUCCUGGAGCAGCCGGAUCAACACAAAGACAUGACGAAGGACGACUUCAUGGAGCGCCACCGCGCCUGGUGCUGCUCCACCGUGCCCGAACAGGCCCUGUGCGGCAUCAGUCGGAUCUGGGUCUUCAGCAUGGCCAGGCGACGGGGCAUCGCCACGCGUAUGCUGGACACCGUCAGGAACACCUUUAUGUUUGGCAGUCACCUCACCAAGGAGGAAAUCGCCUUCUCCGACCCGACGCCUGACGGCAAACAGUUCGCCACAAAGUACUGCGACACUCCGGCCUUCCUCGUCUACAACUUCGUCUCUUAAGAAUCUGGAGGAGUUGGGAUUAAAAGAGGAUUUUGCAAAGUAUUCUGAGUUCUAACAUGUUGAAUGGACCGUCAGUCACGUGUUAAUAAUGGUCUUUUCAUAUGCAAAGCAGAAAGCCGUUCAGGCUUUUGCGUGUUGAGUAAACCAGGCUGUUAGUGUUUGUGAUUAUUGAUUACAGGUUUGGCGUGUUUGCAGGUUCAAGAUUCAGAGCUCUGGUAUUUAUAUUUAUGUCAGUUCUGCCAACUUACAGUUCAGUCUUGUUUGAUGGCAAAAAGAGGUUUAUGUUUUUGAAUCUGCGACGGCGUACAUGCUGCUGCUCAAGAAUUAAAAGUAGAAAUUAGAGUAUUUUGUUUUCGGAGAAGUUGUGGAGGAAACCGUGACUUGUUGAAAGCAGAGGUUGGUAUGAAUGUAGACAGUGCUGGGAUAUAAAUACUUUCAAUAAA